AUGCAGCUCACAAGCAUCCUCGGCCUCUGCUUGGUGGGCCUGGCUAGCUCCGCAGCGGCGAUGCCCAAGCUUAUGGGGCCAUACCGUCGCCACCCCAACGCGGUCCUUAUACCCAUCAACUCGACUGGUGUUUAUAACGCCACCACCACCGGCACUCCUACGACGACGCCCUUGACUACUGGAACUGCGCAUAAGAGCAAUGGCACUGUCAGCUCGCACCACUCGACCAAAACUAAGCACUCUUCCAAACUUCCCAACCACGUGAAGCACAUCAAUCACUGCAAUGAGCUGUGUUCGUUGGAGGCGCAGACAUGCACUAUCGCCGUGCCGGACGAUGAUAAGUUCUGCUGGCAGACGUACCUGCGCUGCAUCGACCGAUGCCGGCCGGACGAUUUCCAGUAA